AUGGCCAAGAUAAGUUUUCUGCCCACGCUAGAAGACGCUUACGGCGCGCUCUCAGCCGAACAACUGGAGAUUUUGAGACAACAAGUUCUAUCAGAAGGAGGAGAAGCAGCCUCGAUACAAUCGAGAUUCAACUAUGCAUGGGGACUGAUUAAGUCGACAGAACAAGACGACCAGCGACUGGGCGUAAAACUGCUCACCGACAUAUACAAAGAGUCCUCGAUGAGAAGACGCGAAUGUCUAUACUACCUAACAAUUGGGUGCUACAAACUGGGCGAGUUUUCGACAGCCAAACGGUAUGCAGAUGCUUUGCGUUCGCAUGAACCGGACAACAAGCAGGCGCUGGCGUUGCAGUCAAUGGUGGAAAACAAGAUCCAGCGUGAGAGUUUGAAAGGCAUCGCUAUAGCCAGUGGGUGUGUGGCGGUGGCGGCCACGCUCGCAGGCAUGCUCUCCAGGAAGAAACGCUAG